AUGGCAACUCAGGCACCAAGUGAUUCCUUUUAUGUUUCUGCCCAAGAUGUAGGAAAUGUCUUUGUGGACAAGUAUUACCACCUUCUUCAUAGGUCUCCUGAGCUUGUCCACAAGUUUUAUGACAAUAAAAGUUUGUUAAGCCGACCAGGACCUAACAGUGAAAUGACUUCAGUGACAACAAUUCAAGGCAUUAAUGAAAAGGUCAUGUCCUUUGAUUACAAGGACUCUACGACGGAGAUUAUAUCUGUAGAUGCCCAAGAGUCUCUAAUGGAGGGGGUGAUUGUUGCAGUAACCGGUUGCUGGACUCGGAAGGAUAAUGCGAGAAGGCAAUUCACUCAGAUGUUCUUUCUGGCCAAACAGGACAAAGGUUACUAUGUCUUGAAUGAUGUUUUUCGGUUUGUGGAUGUACACAAGCAGUCAUUACCUUUGGCAGUUCUUGACAUUGAUAAAAAUGUUCCAACUGCUUCUUUGACCAAAGAUCCUGAGCCUGGUCUUGUUCCCAACCACACAUCUACACCCAUCAAAAUUGUUAGCGAUAAUGUUGAUAAGGUUUCUGAUCCAUCAGACGUUCAGGAUUCAGGUGUUGAAAAAGGGUCUGCUCCCAAAAAUUCAGUUAAUUCAAGUGAGAAUGACGUGCUCCCUGUUGCCCUAUCUGGUUCAAAUAACCACAAGGAUGCCCCCCCGAAAUUGUCUUAUGCAUCGAUGGUGGCUAAAAAGAGCAUAGCAAGUUCUCCGUUACAUGCACCUGCUUGUGUCAUUGUACGAGUUGCACCUAGUUCUGAUCAACAGCCUCCUGCCUCUGCAGCACCCAAAGCACGCGCUGCCUCUGUAGCACCCAAAGCACGCGCUGCUUCUGCAGCACCCAAAGCAUCAGAUCCUCACGGCUCAGGUGCACCGCAGAGUAGUCGUGCUCACACAGAAGUUAAAAGCAUAUAUGUUGGGAAUUUGCCCGAGGACAUAACAAAAAAUCAGCUCAUUGGUAUCUUCAAAAAGUUUGGAACAAUUAAAGAGGAUGGUGUCCAACUCAGAAAUCCUGAAGAGGUAUGUUUCAUAGCUGAAUUUGUCCAUUCUACUUCAAAGAUGGAUUCCGUUUUGCAUUUGUGGAAUUUGUAUCCUCCAAUUCAGCACGUAUGGCAGUUGAGGUAUCUAAAUCAAAAUUUCUAUUCGACAGUUUCCACUGCUUGA